AUGGCCACCAUGGUCGCCAUCGAGGCCCGCGCGCCCACUCCGCGCGUUUUUUGCAUCCCCCGGCGCGCCGAACCCGCGCGCUCCCGCCCCACGAAUUCGGGCGUUUUCCCUCGUGGGAAGAGGAAGGGCGCCCUCGUGGUUCACGCGCAGCAGUACAGCGGCAACAUGUACCACCAACCCGUGGGCAACCGCGAGCCGCCUUACGACCCGAACAAGCCCGCGAGGCCCGCCGAGCUGAACAACAACGCGAUAGCCACGAAGGCGACCGAGGCCUCCGCCAUCAUGCGCGCGCACGAGGAGGCCCAGCGCAUCACCCACGCCGCGCCCGGCGCCUCCGACGAGGAACGCGAGCGCGCGACGCACGAGCGCAACGUCCAAGCCGCCACGACCAUGGGCGAGAACGCGCACGCCCUCCGCGAGCGCUACUCGGGAGACGCGGAGCCGGAGUACGUCGCCGACGUCCGCGAGGCGCGGCAGAGGCACAUCGACCUCGAGGCUCGAGCGGUGCAGGAGCGCGAUUACGUCACCGCGUCCAAGAGCGCCGCCAUCCUCCGAAGGCUCGUCGAGAUCGAGACCGAGUUGCUCGUCCAGGAGACGAAAGAGAUGGAAUCGUCUCUGUCGCAGCAGUACGCCGAGGCUGCGCUCGCCAAGCGCAAGAAGGACGCCCUGCUCCAGGAGCUCAACGACAUCAACAUCGGGAACGUCACGGACGAUCGAUACGGCGAUCUCACCGUCAAGUCCAACGUGACCCCGAAACCCAAGCAGAAGCAAGCGACGCAGUCCGAGGGCGACCAGGAGAGCGACCCUGACCCGCGCGACCCGGCUCCGAUGCAGCCCAUGGUCCCGGUUCGUUUCGGAAUCAACGUUAAAACCGCCUUUGGCGAGGGCGUCGUCGUGUGCGGCGACAUCCCCGAGCUCGGCGCUUGGGACGCCAACGCCGCUCCGAAGAUGGAGUACCAGAAGAAGGACGCGACGUGGUCCACGACGGUUCACAUUCCCCAGGGCUCCGUGUUCAAGUUCAAGUUCGUCGUCGAGGGCGGGCUGAGCGAGAAGGAGAAGGAGCAGGGGAAGCAGCGGGCGCAUCACUGGCAGGAGGGAAACGAUCGCAAGAUUCAGCUGCCCAUCGAGGGAGACGCGCUGUCCCUGGACGUGGUGUGCGACUGGGACGGCAACGAGGCGAAGGAACGCAUGUGGCUCUGCACCCCGGUGCCCAGCGUGGCGCCAAACGUGUGA